UGGAGCAUGACAUAACAUAAUUUAGAAGCCGGCCCACUCUCCGCCCUGGUGGUUUUGAUUGGGUUGAGAGAGAGAGCUGAGAAAGGAAAAAUCCCAUCUCCAUUGUUGCCAACCUUGAACACAUAUCGAAUUGAAUUCCUGUCUGUUUCAGUUUCCAGGGAUUGUUUUGUUGUUGUUGUGGCCUGUUGCUGUGAAGGCUUUCUCUUUCUCUCUUGAUGGGCUGUUCUUUGUGACACUUAAAAGUUCUGGGAGAAAAAAAAAAAAAGAAAGAGGAAGCUUACUUAAAGCUGAAGCUCUUUAGAAUUUUUCUGCAAUGGGUUUGAGUAGACCUCAAAAGCCUGGCAAUGGAGUUUCUACCAGAUGGGUUUCUCUCUUUUGCAUUGCCAGCUUCUUCUUGGGUGUUCUUGUUGUCAACAGAUUUUUGGCUAUAUCUGAUCCAGCCAAAAUGGAUGAGGAGGCUUCUUCUGUAAAGAAACAUCAAAGAAACGAACUUCAUCCCAUAGUUAAUUGUGAUAAGGAUGCUUCUUUUCAGGCAGGUGAUAUUCUUUUUCAAGUUUCACAAACGCAUGAUGUAAUUAUGACAUUAGACAAAACAAUCUCCUCAUUGGAGAUGCAGCUAGCUGCAGCUAGAGCUGCCAAAGCAGAUAGUGAUGAAGGAUCUCCGAUGGUCACAAAAUCAGGAAUUGAGAAUGUGAAGGAACGCCAGAAAGUUUUCUUUGUUAUGGGAGUUAUUACUGCAUUCAGCAGUAGAAAACGAAGGGACUCAAUCAGGGAAACUUGGAUGCCUCAAGGGAAGGAGUUAAUGAGGUUGGAGAAAGAGAAGGGAAUUAUAAUGCGAUUUGUUAUAGGACACAGUGCAACCCCAGGUGGUGUUUUGGAUCGUGCUAUUGAUGCUGAAGAAAAGCAGCACAAGGAUUUCUUGCGCCUGAAUCACAUAGAAGGUUACCAUGAAUUGUCAUCAAAAACCCAAAUAUACUUUUCCACAGCUGUUUCUAAGUGGGAUGCUGACUUCUAUAUUAAAGUCGAUGAUGAUGUACAUGUAAAUCUGGGCAUGGUGGGUUCUACACUGGCCCGCCAUAGAUCAAAACCACGCGUUUAUAUUGGUUGCAUGAAGUCUGGACCUGUUCUGGCACAGAAAGGGGUUAAGUACCACGAGCCAGAAUAUUGGAAAUUUGGUGAGGAGGGAAACAAGUAUUUUAGGCAUGCAACCGGACAAAUAUAUGCAAUCUCCAAAGACUUGGCCACCUAUAUCUCAGUCAACCGGCAUAUACUUCAUAGAUAUGCAAAUGAAGAUGUCUCUUUGGGUUCCUGGUUUAUUGGUCUUGAUGUAGAGCAUAUAGAUGAUAGAAGUCUCUGCUGCGGUACUCCCCCUGAUUGUGAGUGGAAAGCUCAAGCAGGGAAUCCCUGUGCUGCAUCAUUUGAUUGGAGCUGCAGUGGCAUUUGCAAGUCUGUAGAGAGAAUGGAGGAGGUGCAUCAGCGUUGUGGGGAGGGUGAUGAAGCCAUCUGGCAUACCAGUUUUUGAAAGCAUACCACUAACCUGGUUGUAAUAUAUUUGUGUAUGUUUGAUCCAUGCUGUGCAUCAAACAAGGCCAGCGCCUGCCCCGAUUUUUGCCUAUUCAAUGCCUCGGGGCAGUUGGUACAGGAUUAAAUUAAUUGAAAAAAAAUGAAAAUCUUUUAGUUUUGAAGUGUCACUCUCUUUAACUGAAAUUGACAAGAGCAGGUUGGCAUUGUUGUACAAUGUAUUUGAAGCAUUAGAAGGUUAGAUCACAGACCAUUUAAGGGUUCGCAACAAUGUUUUGGUCACCAUCUUUGAGUGGCGGACCCGUUUCGGCGUGGUUGGUGAAGGAGUUGCUUUCUAGGGCCCGGAAGGCGCUAGUUUUGAUGUAGGCCUAAAGGAUGUUGACAUGACCAAACCACGGGGGAUUGUUGAUCAAUCAAAGAGAAGCUAGAAGACGGCAGAUACGUUGUCGGAAUUCUUCAGUGGCAAUAGGCAAAACGCAACGGUCGGAAUGUUUCUUUUUUUAGUUUUUUUUGUGUUGAAAAUGUUAAUUAAUUAAUCAAGCAUAUGCCUUAGAUUGUCUUUA